AUGGCAGAUGAGGACUAUCCCAUGGAGGAGGAUACUGUAAUGGCCUCAACAGAGACAAAUGGAGAUUCCGUCACAGAUACCGUUGCUCCUUCCGAGAUUUUCGGCAAUUUCAGGAGCCAUCCACUUCCGAAAAAUGAGCAGUUGCCAUUUCACAGUCCGUCGAAAUAUUUAUUACAAGCAAGUACCCAGCGGAGCCAUCCAGGUUCACAUCGAACAACAAAGUCACCAAGUGGCUGGUCCGACAGAAUGAACCUAACGCGGCCAGCGCCGGCGCGUCGCUCAAGCCCGCAGGUACGCAUCCCCCCAAAACCGAGGCAUUCUGUCCUACCAUAUGCGACAUCAAGAACAGGUCUAGUCUACGACCCACGCAUGCGGUUCCAUGCCGAGCUCCCUGAUAUGAGUAUCAACGCAGACGACAUACAUCCAGAGGACCCGCGCCGCAUUCAUUCCAUCUUCGAAGAAAUACAGCAAGCCGGCCUCGUAGGGACUAGCACAUCCGAAGAAGAUACGAAAGAAGCCCAUUGCUGGCGGAUCGGCAUACGCCCUGCUACAAGACCAGAGAUUCUGCUCAUACAUACAGAAGAGCACUACACCUUCGUAGAAUCAUUGCAAAGGAUGCCCCCCGAGCAACUAAAGGAGGAAGCUGACCGGCUAGACUCUAUUUACUUCAACCAUUCUACAUACGAUUGUGCCAAGCUUGCAGCGGGAGGUGCCAUCGAAGCUUGCAAAGCAGUCGUGGAAGGAGCCGUGCGGAAUGCUAUCGCCAUUAUUCGUCCUCCGGGACAUCAUGCUGAAAGCACACAGCCUUCUGGAUUUUGUAUCUUCAAUAACGUUCCCAUCGCCACCCGCGUAUGCCAGAACGCCUACCCAGAGACCUGCCGUAAAGUGUUGAUUCUCGAUUGGGACGUCCACCAUGGCAACGGCAUCCAACAUGCUUUCUACGACGAUCCAAACGUACUUUACAUCUCUCUGCACGUUUACAAAGAUGGAACUUUCUACCCAAAUCUGCCGGACGGCAAUCUCGACUACUGUGGAGAAGGCCCAGGUGAGGGCAGGAACGUGAACAUUCCAUGGGCGGAACAUGGCAUGGGCGAUGCCGAGUACCUAUACGCAUUCCAGGAGAUUGUUAUGCCUAUAGCGACUGAAUUCGAUCCGGACCUGGUGAUCAUCUCCGCUGGCUUCGACGCAGCUGAAGGAGACCUCCUGGGCGGCUGUUUCGUCACUCCUGCAUGCUACGGGCAUAUGACCCACAUGCUCAUGCGUCUAGCGAAGGGAAAGCUCGUAGUGUGCCUCGAAGGCGGUUACAAUCUACGGUCGAUCGCACGUUCGGCGUUGGCAGUCACUAGAGUGCUCAUGCUCGAGCCUCCAGAUCGUCUGCGCGAGGAUCUACCGGCUCCCCGAGACAGUGCAGUUGAAACCAUGGAACAAGUGAAGCGUCAACACUCAAAGUACUGGAAAUGCUUAUAUCCGAAACAUCUCGACAAAACGGACCCUGGUUAUAAAGAUACGUAUCGGUUGCACGAAAUCAUCCGAGAAUGGCAGAGUCAACGCUUGUCACAAGAACAUGCGAUGACACCUCUACCUCUUCAGAUCAACAAGGCAAACCUAGCGCAGACAUUUGAACACAACGUUAUUGCCACACCGAACUUCACCGAGCGACAUCCUCUCCUCGUUAUAUUCCAUGACCCACCGGGUUUCCAGGACCAUGCAGACCCCGUGACUGGCAGGCGAGAACUACAUAACACUUGGCUUACUGAUGUCACCAAGAGGUACAUUGAUUGGGCUAUAAGCAAUGAUUUUCAAGUCAUUGACGUUAAUAUUCCGAAAAUUGUUGCUGUUGAAGAUGUGGGCAUCGGAUAUUUGAGAUCUGACGACUCUGCUGCUCGAGCACAACAGACGCGCGAUUUAGCCGGGUAUCUCUGGGACAAUUACAUUGAACCACAUGAUGCAACACAAGUCUUCUUUAUGGGCAUCGGAGACGCGUAUCUGGGACUUGUAGACCUCCUGAGCCAUAACGACCAUACCACGGAACUGGAUAGCCCGGUGGAAUGUCUGAUCGGCUUUGUUGCAGACACAACCAUUCAGGCAAUAAGGAGAGCGACAGGCGAUACUAUAGCAAACUGGUAUCAUGCUCAUUCAAACAUCUUCGUGAAGAACAGCCACUUCGUCUGGGACCCAAAGCGGCAACGAAAACUACGUAGGAAGCUCGGCAACCUCGUGAAAUCACCGAAAGAUUCACUAGAUGACAUGCUCGAGGAACAUCUGGAAGAAGUGCAGAACUUGCUACUAACGAAGAAGAGCGAGUUUGAAAAGGAGAAUAGUCUUUCAAGCCAGACUGACGAUGCACAGCAGUCGGCGGUGGGCGGCUUUCGCAGCCCUCCUCUACCAGGCGGUUCGCAUACCCCAAAGUUUCCAGAGCCCGGCUUACGCCAUGAAAGUAUGCCGCAUCCGGUACGGAGCCCUAAACUGCCGCCGCUGGGUUUGUUUAGUGUGUCUACGAUGAGCCCGAUGAGUCCUAGAAGUCCGAUGAAAAGAACAUUUUAG